AUGAUUGGGGGGAGGAAAAACAUACCAAUCGUUGGCGAUGCCUUUCUCUCAUCGCCACGAUUGGAUUCGCCUCGAAAUCCUGGUCAGGACGCACCCGGGGAGAGGUCCGCGGAGUGCUGGCCGGCCCGAGAUUGCGACCCAAUGGUUGAUCCGGGCCAGCUCCGACGCAGUUGUUCUACGUCUCCUGGGGGCAGGAGAUGGUCCCCCGAAGAGGUCUUCCUGGGCCAGCCCCCGACGCUGGGGCAGGCGACGGGGGGCGCCGCGGUGGCGUCGGGGCUGGUCUGCCUCCUGCGCGCCCCCGCGGGGCGGCGUCGCGCCAGCGCCCCGGCGGAGCGCUGCCCUGCCAGCGCCUCCCCGGAGGACGCGGCGCUGCCCUGCCAGGUGGGGCGCAGGAGUUACGACGUCGAGUGA